GGAGAAGCAAUCGAUCUUAAAUCGAUAUUUUUAGAUCUUGAGUGUUGUAUUUUUCAUUUUUAUGUUAUCGAUUGAAGAAACAAUAGUUUUUUCCAUCUGUACAGCGUGUUUCGUGUCAUAAUUGUCAUGUCUAUUCCUCUAAAAUAUCCUUGAAUGUUUGGACUGAUCCUUCACUACAAGGCCGCUGCGCCUUCGCUCUCUCAGCUGCUUUGGUGUAGCGGCGGUGUAAAUUGAUACGUAAAUUUAACGUUAGCUUGCUGGUUAAAGGCUUCCCUAGGGAGUUCAAGUCCAGUUGGCUCUUUAUCAUCAGAGGACCAUGACUUUGACCCAACAGCAGAAAUGUUAGUUCAUGAGUAUGAUGAUGAGAGGACUCUGGAGGAGGAAGAGUCUUUGGAGGGAGGGAGAAAUUUUCGCUCUGAGCUUGCAGAUCUGGAGAGGGAGGGGAACAUGCCGUUAGAGGAGCUGCUGGCCAUCUAUCGCUACGAGGCCUCAGCAGGCUCUAGUAUAGACAGCUCUUCCGGAGACCUGACUGAUGAGCUGCCUGACAUGACUUUGGACAAGGAGGAAAUAGCUAAAGACCUGCUGUCUGGGGACUAUGAGGAGGAGACCCAGUCCUCAGCUGAUGAUCUGACCCCUUCUGUCACCUCCCAUGAGGCUACCGAUUUCUUUCCAAGAACACUUCGAUCCAACGCUAUCUCUGACGGUGAUAAAGAGUCAGAGUGUGAUGAAGAUGGCCCAAGCCCAGAGGACUCGCGAAAGGAAAUAAUGGUGGGAACAGAGUACCAAGCAGAGGUUCCCUCUUGCCUUUGUCACUACAAAGAUGGGGAGAAAGCUUAUGAAGAUGAAGACGAGUUAUUAUGGAGCCCGGGUACAUUGCCAGAAAGCAAGGUUAGGAGUUUCCUGUCAGAAGUGUUGUCACGGACAACAGAUGAAAAGGCAGGAUGUGACAAACAAGGGAUACAUGUUCGAGACAAUGAACAGGCCCUGAAUGAGCUUGUCAAAUGCAACUACAACACCCGCGAAGCACUAGAGAGAUACUGCAACCGUGUAAAGUCCUCAAAAGAAAAAUCACCUCUGUGGUCUGAGGAGGAAUGCAAGAACUUUGAACACGCACUACAGAUGUAUGACAAGAAUUUUCACCUCAUACAGAAACACAAAGUCACAACACGAACAGUAGCAGAAUGUGUGGCGUUUUACUACAUGUGGAAGAAGUCGGAGCGCUUUGACUUUUUUGUGCAGCAGAAUCGAUUUGGGAAGAAAAAGUACAGCAGCUAUCCUGGUGUAACUGACCUGAUGGACAGGCUGGUGGAUGAAGCAGAAGGACUGGCAGUGGACAGUUCCUCCUCUGUGUGUUCAGGAACAGGUGGAGGAGGAAGGCUGGAGAACACCACGGACCAACAGCUCAGCCUGCUCAACUCCAUCACUGCCAGUGACCUCACAGCAUUGAGUAACAGUGUCGCCACAGUGUGCAGCCCUGCAGAGGUUAGUUGCCUGGACUCCUACAGCUUUCCUUCACUGGACAGUCUCCAUCGUGGGUCCCUGAACCACGAUGAAUCUCUUGGGUUCCCUUCUAAUGGCUCCGACCCCGACUGCCUCAACAUGCUCGACGCUGGGUUCUACCACUCUGACCUGGGCCAGCUAGGAGGAGUGUGCGUCAACAAGGACUGCGAGCGGCCCUCCAAGAGACUCAAGAUGGCCCUUCCUGACUCCUUUAUCAAUGAUGUAUCUGUGGGUAACCUUGGAGUGGACUUCGAAGCACGACGGACAGCGGCGCACCACCACCGAAUCACCGGCGCCAAAAUGGCAGUGUCUGUCACAGACUUUGGGAGCUUGGCUGGCAGCGGCGAGCCCAACGGCUUUCUGGGAGCACACACACGGCACCACACACAGCAUGCUGCGGCACUUCAGUCAGAGUGAUCUUCCUCGUCCCCCUCCCCCCUUGUUCUUCCCUUUUGAAACCCCUUAUACCGCUUGUACAUAAGACUGACCUCACUGGAGAAUCCAAUUUGUUUAAAUUCUAUUAUAUAUAUAUAUAUAUAUAUCUAUAUAUAUAUAUGUAUAUGAAUAUACUUUUUGUUUUCAUUUUUUGUGUAAUAUGACAUCAGUGAUGUCUAUCAUAUAGAACUAAAAUCUUGAUUUCUCUCAAGAGUUUAUAUAGCCAUUUAUUUUAUUUUUGUUUUGUGGUCUUGAGAUGUGUAACGUCCAUGUACAGUGGGGCCCAGAGGCUGCAGUAGGAGAGUUGUGUAUCUUCCUCCCUCAGAUCUACACACAACAUCUUCAGAACUACAAUAUGUUAUCCUGCCAUUCUUUCCAGCUGCCAAAAAUGGCUUAGUUUGCUGCCUCUAGUGUUAGUAUUUAGUUGCUUGUCUUUGUUGUUUGAAGUGGUACUUUUUUUUUAACGUUAGUGUUUGGUUUACAGGUACUUUUUAGUCACCAGACUGGUGAAAAUGGUUUUAUUUGUCCAGAUAAACCGGGCUAGACUUUGUAUGAAGAGCAACACUAGCAUGGAGAUUAGCUUAGAGACCAGGAAGUGUCAUAGCCUCAGCUGCUAAGGCCUUGCAGUUUGGUUUUCUUUUUAUUUUCGCUGGGGGAAGUUGGUGUGUAGUUUGCUUUACUUUUAAACUGUUCAAAGUUGCCAAACUGGAACGUGAAUGUGGUAGUUUUUUUUUUCUUUUCUUAUCCCAUGUUGUCAAACUCAAAUUGUUUCUCAUUCAUAGGUUUUCCUGUACCGGUGACAAAGAAUACCUUACAGAGUAACAUAAUAGGAGUCACCUUAUUUUACAGGUGGAUAUUGGAAUUUUUUUUAAAAAAAAAAUCUUGCUUCUUUCCAGGAGGGAAAGACAGUCAAACAAGAAAACCAUCAAAGCAAUAUUGCAAUGCAAAGAUAUUGAUCGGUUUAAUACUCAUUUAAACAUCAUCAGGCAUCGUAAUUCUUGUAUUUAUUGAUUAUGCUUUUACAUUUGAUAUUUUUGUUUAAUCUUUGGAACUAAAGCUUUCACUCAUGCUUCUUUUAGGCAAGCUAAGCUAUACUUUUUCUUUAGUUGUAGUGAAAAAAAUAUGUUAAAAUAUGCUCCUAAAUUCAUACCCCCAUUAGAAAUAAGCAAUGCCACUUUCAGACCACUUAGCAAGCUUGGGUAAACCUGCUAGCAGUAUUAUGUCUUUAUUUAAAGCCACUCUGUAUUUGUAUUUAACCUGCCUGACCUGUUAUGAUGAGAGAAGGCCUUGUAUAAUCUGGUCGAUUAUUUCCUGGGAGUCUAGUGGCAGAAAUGGAGCCAUUUUCUGUUGACUGAAGUCCAUAAUUGUGAAUUGUAAAAUGUUUAGCGGGUCAUCGUCAGUUGAUUGGAUGCAGUAGUAGUGUUUACUUAAUUUAUCUAUGCAUUGUGCUAUGAAUAAUUAGUUUGUUUCAGGGGAACACCAUGUUUGUCUUGUCCGUAGACUUGUAAUUCACCAUUAUGUGUGUAUAGACAGGAUUCAUGACUAUAAACCAUACUUAAGUUUGAUCAAGUAAUUCAGUUUUCAAGCCCAACAUCAUAGAAGAUGUUUACUUAUGUGUUUCAUGUAAAUAAUUAGCAAAUAGCCUUUAAAAGUCUAUUAACUGACCUCUUACACUUGUGAAUCUGUGUCAAUACAAAGGUUUUAAUUUGAUUCCUUGUCAAAAGGCAAUAAUUUGUAGAUAAUGUACAGAUAUUUUGGGUUUUGCAUUUUACUGGUUGACUUGGUGUUUGAAUUUGUUUUUUUUUUUUGUUUGUUUGUUUUUUUCCCCCUCUUUGGAAAGUCAUGAUACCCAAACCCCCCACGACCCAGCUGAAACCACGCAUGCCAGCUGUGUCCAUUUCUCAAGUGUACCACUUAAAACGGCUUUACCUGAAGACGUAUUGAUAUUACUCAGUGUUGCAAAUUUGCAUACAGAAGUUGCAGCCAUGUGUAAAAGACACUCAUUUUUCUUUCCUCGAAAAAAAAAACUUUUUACAUGUUGUCGUCUAUAUUUGUCUUUGAUGGUAAAGGGAUGGCUGCUGCUCUGAGUAUGUGGAGAGCUAGUUUCUCUUUUAAUGCAACGUGCAUAAUGCAGUAGGUCCUCCAAGCUCUUCUAGCUUUAGCAGUGCAGUGAUAUUUAUUUCACCUGUGGUUUGUACAAAGACUCAGAAAAACUGUCAGAAUGUAAAGGCCAUUCAGUCGUAGAAGUAGGUUUUUCACCACCCUGUGAACUCUCGAAAAUGUGAUAUUUUAUUGAUAUCUCUGGUAUGAGACUUGUGUGUGCAAGCAAGCACUAAACAAAUUAAUUUUAUAUUUUGUAUUGUGUUUUGAAGUUUAAAAAGGAAAAAAAAAUUAUAGCAGUUGUGGUUUUGAAAAAGAAAACUCUCAAGUCCUUUGAUGAAAACAGAAACACCUUUGUGAAUAAAAACCUACAAAACUUAAAAAUGUAUAUCCAGAAAUAGAGACAAUCAAAACUUCACUAUGAGAAAUGUUCAAGAAGCUAUCUUUAUUGUUUAUAAGAAUUGUACAGAAACAUUGAGUUGUUUUUUUUUUCCUCUUUUGUUAAACAUUAUUUUGUAUUUUCUGUUGUACUUUAAUACCUUGUGUACAGAUCCAGAAAUAAAGCUCUGGAAAAGGU